GUACUCUCGCUUGCUCAAUCCAAUCCUAGUUCGCUGUUAGCUAGAGACGUGACGAGAUCGGCGAAAUGAUGUCCGCAAGUUGGCUAAGCCUGUUAUUCCUGGCUCUACUUGCCCAUUCGGCUAUGCCAUUGCAAGCGGAUUCUUGCCAACCAUUCAUUGAAAUUGUCCAUCUCAACGAAGUCUUGAGAGUUAAUGAAAAUGGGCGAGUUUAUGAGACGAACAUGACAGAAGCGGAAGUGCUUGAACAAUUCAAGAAGCUAUGCUCUCCCUUCGAAGAAAUUGAGAAGCUGGGCGAAAACAUCGAUAAUUUUCAAAUCCUAACAACAAUGUACAGAUGCAAGUACGGCAUCUGUUUCCAUUCUCCUGUAAAUGGUGGUACUUUCAAAUGUUGUACUGGCUAAUAUAUUUUAUUUCGUUGACAUUGUGUUCAAGUAUAUCAACCAAUAAUAAAGUAUGGUAAAGCAUGAA